AUGGAAGUUACACUAUCGCCGCCAUACAGCCAGAUUUUCUCAUUACUCAGAGGGAUAUGACGACCGUUCAAGUAUACCGGCCAGACAGAGAAUGUAGCCACCAUGCUUGCAACAAUAUACCCUUCGGGCAAUAGAAGCACCUGUUGAAUUCCAAUUUAAAAAUGGACGAGGACAGAGGCGUCAGACCAAGAGUUAGAGCAGAUGAAGGGAGAGAAGCGAGAAGAGGUGCCCGAAGGGGAGAUGAAGAGGUAGGAGGACGGCGAGGAGGAGAAGAUGGGGAGGGCGGAGCAAGACGAGGAGGAGGAAGAGGAGGAGGAGGAGGAAGAGGAGGAAGGGGCGGAGGACGUGCUGGCCAACCAGAAAGAGGUCCCCGUCCGUGGAAAACUCGCCUUGGGUUCAGGAAACUCACUGAGUUACAACACAAGGAGCCGUCUGAUAUUCUAAUAGCGAUAGCUUACUCCGACAGCGGCCUCCAGGAAGGUUUAAAUGACACGACACUUAGCCGGGACUUCAUCUGUCUGUUCCUUAGAUGUAUAGCAAAGGCAUGCAAGUGUCAAUCCUCACCGGCAAAGAUCAUACAACUUAUCACAUUGAUGCACAAUUCUAAUUUCAUUAAUUCAACUCUUCCUGCAUUCCUGACGAGAAUGGUAUUAGAACAAACUCCAGCCAGACAACGAGAAUUCAGAGUGCCUAUCUCUGACACCAUCUGUAUCAUUUCGGAAAUCGCCCGCCGAAGCCCAAGUUCAAUAACGUCUGUUUUUGGCGUUAUCGGGAUAAUGGAGACGGUUUUGAAUACUCUGAGAGCGACAACGGAUAUAAUCGAUGAUGAACUGUGGCAGGAGUUUGAGGAUUGCUGUGUGCUUAAAGAUAAUAUGCUUACGGACGUACAGAAGCGAUCAAGGAAAAAAGAGGACACUUCAAGGCAUGACACCGAAGAACCAACAGAUAACUUCCGGGAGAUUUCUGUGUUCCCAGAAAAAUCUGAUAUUCAGAAGGAAGAAGGUCCGUUUUUACGCAGAAACAUCAAAGAAGGAGGUUACCGAAACCUUGAUCACUACCUCGACGUUCAGUUCAGACUCCUCCGAGAGGACUUUGUUGGUCCUCUUAGGGACGGUAUCAACGGUUACAUAGCAGCUGUGCAGACCGGCAAAUCAAAGCGUUCACAUGAAAUGCGUGUUUAUUAUGACGUGCAAGUCUUAUGCCCGAUUGGAGCUAACAAUGGACUUUGUCAUCGAAUUUCUUUUGACGUCAGUAGGAUGCAACGAGUGAACUGGGAAUCAAGCAAACGUCUGAUUUUCGGCUCUUUGGUAUGUAUUUCUAGUGAUAACUUUAAGACAUUAUUGUUUGCAACCGUUGCCGAACGAGACCCCAAGAAACUUAAGGAGGGCAUCUUGGACCUGAAGUUUGAAGGCAUGAGUAGAAGAAGUUUCAAUUUGGAUUUCAAUCAAAAAUACGUCAUGGCAGAAACUGUGGCAUAUUUUGAAGCCUAUCGACACGUUCUGAAAGGUCUUCAAAACAUCAACGAUGGCGAUCUUCCAUUUGAAAAGUACAUAAUCAAAUGCAACACGAAAAUGCAUGCUCCACUCUACUUGAGGCAAAACGAGCGUGCAACAUUGGACUUGCGCCCGCUUGUUGACGAAUCUUUCAUCAUUAGAGGUGUUAAGCAGGACCUUGUACAAUUCAAUAAGGAAUUCAGCGCCAAAUCGGCUGUAGCAAAAUCAGUAGAGGUUAAAGGUUUAUGGCCAAGCGCAGAGUUGUUGCAUCUGGAUCAAUCCCAGUUCACUGCGGUAAAACGCGCACUUACCAGUGAAUUUGUGCUCACACAGGGGCCUCCUGGAACUGGCAAAACCUACAUCGGACUUAAGAUAGUCAAAGCUCUUCUACACAAUCAUGCCCUGUGGAAUACAAAUCCCGUUACACAUGAGCCAGACCGUAGACCGAUGCUUAUAGUCUGCUAUACCAACCACGCUCUCGAUCAGUUCAUAGAAGGCAUAAGCGCUUUCUUUAAGGGGACUAUACUUCGAGUCGGUGGAAGGAGUUCAAGUGAAGCCAUGAAGCAGUUCAACUUAAAUAGUAUGCGUUCAAGGAUGCGAGAGCUAAGGGAAGUACCAGAACAAAUACAUCGAGUGAGAAUGAACGCAAGAAACCAUAUGAAAGAACUCCAAGAUGAGAUCAACCGUAUAUCGGGCUCCUUAGAAAUCGCCAGUCGAGAGGUGUUAAACGAAGAUGUAUUAGAAUCCUUUAUGGGAAGAUUUUAUGCAGAUAUCGUCAAUACAAGACACAUGGUUGAUUAUUUUGACGAUGGCUUUCAAAUGCCAAAACGAAAGAAACAUGCGGCUAUACUGGAUUGGCUGAGUAUAGAUACCCUCUUAUUUGGCGAGGAAGAGCCGAACGCAGAUUGGAUGAUGGAGGGUCACAAUGAUGUUGCUGAUGUAGAAGUCCAAAACCAACCGCAAGGUCCAGCACUACCUAACGCCGCCGGUGCAAAUCUACCUGAAGCUCAAGAUGAUAGAGAAGAGGACGAAGAAUUAGUUGAUGUUCUGGAUGAGGUAGAUGCUAUGAUGGCUCAACGGGAGAUCGGUGAGGAUUUCGACGAUGGUUAUGGCAUUGAAAUGGAAAAGGCAGAGCUUGUAAUGCUCAAGAUGCAAUUGAGUAAGCAUUCCGUUGCACUAAAUGUUACUAACUUGGAGGAGAAAGACACUAACCAAACCGAUGGUUGGCAGAUGACAAAGAAACAGAAAAAAGAUCUUAAAAAACGUCUGCGAAAAGAGCUUGGAUCUACAGAAAGAAUGAACGAAGCAGAAAUCGACAUGAUUUAUGACGUUUGGGAACUGAGCCAGAAGGACAGAUGGAGAUUAUACAGACAUUGGGUGAACAAAUUUUCCGAAAUGAUGCGGGAUAAGAUCAGAUUGAAAGUUCGCGAAUAUCAAUCAUCAUGUGACCAACACCGAGAAGUUCUAAUGCAAGAGGAUAAAGGGAUCAUUAGAGGGGCAAGCGUGGUAGGAAUGACUACCACUGGAGCAGCAAAAUACCAGGCGGUAUUGCAGGAAAUUGGGCCAAAGGUGAUAGUGGUGGAAGAGGCAGCGGAAGUGCUGGAAGCUCAUGUGGUCACAACACUUAGCAGGGACUGCCAGCACCUCAUCCUCAUCGGAGACCACAAACAACUCAGACCAAAUCCUACGGUCUAUAAACUGGCUAAAGAUUACAACCUGGAUCUGUCUUUGUUUGAAAGGAUGAUAAAAAAUAACAUCGAUCUGGACUGCCUUGAACUUCAACACAGGAUGCGUCCAGAAAUUUCGAAGAUCAUGACCUUGAUAUACCCGGAUCUGAAAGAUCACAGCAUUGUCCAGACGUAUGAUGACAUUAAGGGAGUGGAAACAAAUGCGUUUUUCAUUAAUCACAAUUUUCCGGAACAAGAAGAUGCUGAUCUUAAGAGCCACUCAAAUAUUCAUGAAGCCAAAUACAUUGCAGCGCUCUGCAAGUAUUUUUUAUUACAAGGAUAUGAACCAGAGCAGAUCACUAUUCUUACUCUUUAUUCUGGACAACUGUUCACAAUAAGAAGGGAAAUGCCUAAACAGAUCUUCAAUGGUGUGCGCAUCACAGUAGUCGACAACUUUCAAGGCGAAGAGAAUGACAUUGUUCUACUUUCCCUUGUAAGAAGCAACAGUGAUGGGAAAAUAGGAUUCCUGAAAAUCGAUAAUCGAGUAUGUGUUGCCUUGUCUCGGGCCAAAAAGGGUAUGUUUGUAGUAGGGAACAUGGAUAUGAUGGCACAAGGAAGUAAGCUAUGGAAAAAUAUCGUCUCCCUUGCACAGAAAGAGAAGAUGAUCGGAGAGGGCCUAAAUCUGGUUUGCCAAAAUCAUCCAGACGACAACGGUACGGCAGUCAGAUUACCAGAGGAGUUCCGAAAGGCACCCGAAGGAGGAUGUAUGAAACCGUGUCAGUUCCGACUCGACUGUGGUCAUACCUGUAGUAUGGUGUGUCACGUUCUGGACCAGAAACAUGAGAAGUUCCAGUGCAGAAAGCGUUGUGAACGAACAAUUUGUGCUAACGGACAUAGAUGUAAAAAGCUUUGUUACCAAAAAUGCGGAGACUGUCAAAAGAUUGUUCAGAAAAAGAUACCACAAUGCGGCCAUACACAAGCAGUUCCCUGUCAUAUAGAUCCAUACUACUUCCAAUGUGAAGAGAAUUGUUCUGAAAUCUUAUCAUGUGGACACCAAUGUCAGGAGGCGUGUGGCGAUGAUCAUACAACACAAUGUUCAGAACUGGUCCAAAAGGUAUGGCCUUCAUGUAGACAUGCCGGGCAAGUGAGAUGCUUCGAGAAAGAAAAAGUAGAGUGUAUCGAACCGUGCCAGGAUAUAUUGGAAUGUGAACACCUUUGUACCGGAAGUUGUGGAUCAUGCAAAAUGGGAAGGAUUCACAAAGCAUGUGCAACGCGAUGCGGCCGAACAUUAAUUUGUGGUCACGAGUGUACCGAACGAUGUUCACGAUGUCCACCAUGCAACAUGGUUUGUCAAAACCGCUGCAUUCACAGCAAAUGCCAGAACCGGUGUGGGGAGCCCUGUGUACCUUGUAACGAAGAAUGUGAGUGGAGCUGUAAGCACCACACAUGCGAGAAGUUGUGCUGUGAGCCUUGUGACCGACCGCGUUGCAAUGAACCAUGCAAGAAAAAACUGAAAUGCAAACAUAAAUGCAUUGGCAUGUGUGGGGAAAAAUGCCCUUCGCUUUGCAGAGUUUGUAACAGGGAGGAGGUGACUGAAAUAUUCUUCGGCGAUGAAGAUGAACCCGAUGCCAGGUUUAUACAAUUAGAAGACUGUGGCCAUGUGAUCGAAGUCAAUGCCAUGGAUACGUACAUGGAUCAGGAUGAACAGAAUGAAAUCUUGUUAAAGGGUUGUCCAAAAUGUAAAACUCCUAUCCGCAAAAACUUACGAUACGGCAACGCAAUCAAGAAAACCUUACAAAACAUAGAACAAGUCAAACGGAAAUUACUUGGAGACGAACAAAUGGUCAAGGUUCUCCUGGAGGAUAUGCCGGACAAAAUCAACGAGAUAGAAGCCAGGGACAGCAUAAUACUGAUGAAACAGUUCAAAGAGAUACUUGAAGAAAAGGAUAUUUCAAGUCCUAACCGCAUUAAACAACAUCUUAUCGGUAAAUUCUGCCAGGAAACACUCGUUACUGUUGAAAACCAGACGGCCUUUCUCAAAAGAGUCAAGGACUUGAGAAAAAAAUAUAGAGAUGCGUAACCGUCUCCGGAUUUGAGUACCGUAUUUGAACAGACAAAGGAUCACCUUCAGCAACUUCGGCUUUGGUUGCUGAAAAAGAGGACGUACUUUACGAAGCAAGAGUCCACAGACGUCAUAGAUGAACUCCGUAGGCUUACUGACCUCAGAAACUUUCCUUCUGUACAAAACACAAAUUAAAAGUAGGAACAUGGACUUGGAUGAGGAGUUAAAAAGAAGGAUAGGUGUUGCGGAUUUGAUGCUCACUGAUGGAAAGAAGUUCACCGAAGCGAGACAGAAGAAAGUUAAACACACACUCAAGAUGCUGGAGGAAGUUGUUCCAAAGACCGGUCUGGGUAUUUCAGAGGAGGAGCGGAUUCAAAUCACCCAGGCUAUGGGUAUGGGGACAGGACAUUGGUUUAAAUGCCCUAAUGAUCACGUCUACGCAAUUGGAGACUGCGGUGGUGCGACAACGGAGGGGCGCUGCCCAGAAUGCAAUGCGACCAUAGGAGGCGGAUCACACACACUUCGACGCGAUAAUGCAUUGGCGCCUGAAAUGGACGGUGCUGCUGCGCCAGCCUGGCCCACCACAUUGGUCCACAACAUCGAGAAUUUUCAUAUCGAUUAGUGAUGAAGGUAUCAAUUUUUAUGACGUCAUGAUGACUUCAAUUAACAACAUUGACACAUAGCUGGUACAAUACAUAUUCAGGAUAUACAGAGUCCUUUAUACAAAUAUUGUUUUCAUGUUAGUUUGGAACAAUUGAUUCACAACCGCCUUUGUAGCAGCACAGUAGUUUUGUGGAAUGGAUAAUGAUCUUAAUAUAAUUGAUCAAACAUUUUAAAUGACCAUUCAGAUAGUAAACAAAUGAAUUUUGCAGUUAUGUUUCUGGAUUUUUUAUGUAUGUAUUUCCCGCUCUUUUGCCUUAAACGAGCCAUUUUUUUUCUAUAACAAAGUAACAAAAGUUAGUUUUUUGUUAAUUAUGACUCUUAAACUGAUAUUCAUCCCGAAUGUCAGCAAACGUAGGAUUUGAUUUCCUAAAAUGUUUAUGCUAUCAACUGAUUCUACUCUGGAUUUGUUUUUAAAAAUGGAAUUUAAAUAUUAUUGUUGUGAUGGUUUUUAAUAGGGUUCGCUAAUUGUUUCAUGAUGCAGAUGACCUGGAUGUGCGGCUUUUACAAGUACACCUGUUUUCGGUGACCAUGUUCAUGAAGUCUUCAACAUGGUCGCUUAUAUGAUGACUUGGUAGUAAAUAUAACACAUUUCCUCACCUGUUAGCCUCUAAUUAUGUUCUUUUUUUUAUGAUAAAAUGCAUACAAUGCAUCUUAGUUUUCCUUUGACCGUUAUUGGAAAUGAAAGACACGCCUCUAAAAAAUGGACUAAAGUGAGGACGCUCAUGUUUUGAUUUUGUUCUGCAAGCUUGUUUUCCAUGAAACUUCUUCUUGCAUCAUUUUUAUAUAAAUUAUUAUUUAUUUUAGCACAUAAUUUGCCUGUUAUCCAAUUAUUGAUGUAAUUAACGAUUUAUAUUUGUCACUAAUGUGAUCUACCCCAGAGCGUCUUCCGUCGGCUGCGCAAGUCAAAAAUCGAUUGUGACGUCAUAAUAUGGACAAUGAUGUUACGGCAUGAAUUGAUAAGGACGGAACAAUUUCCUGCCUCCGUUUGACUUUGUGAUCCAAAUUUUGACUUUUAAACCCUGUGAUAAAAAGUAUAAGCAUUAAAUUGUUUUCAUUUCAUAUGAAACUUUAUGGAAAUCGUCGCGUGAUUUUAAUUUUUGCUCGCCAAGAUUCACAAAAAUAAUAUAACGUGUCAGACUUGUUUCGAAAUUUUCUAUAAAAUAAACAUAAUUUAAUUUUUGAUCCUAUAUACAUGUAUAUAUACUGUUACAUUUUGCGUUAGCAUGUGUUCAUAAACAAUUCUUAGUAUAAUGUAAUGUUUUGCGUUGAUGUGUGAUUAUUUACGAUAUGGUGAAUGUUAGCUAAACCUGAAUCAGGGAUUUGCAUUUGCCCCUUAAAUGGUAUAGGACAAACCCUGUGCUGUACACUCACACGUGGGUUGAUAGCGUUUGAAAUUUGUAGUGCAGAUUUGAGCUUCAGUACAGUCCUACAACAUAUUUAGCUGACCAUUGAGGCGAUGUCAAAUAUUUGUCGCUUUGCACGUGCGGUACUGUUGAAUGUAGAUGGUGUAAAGGUGAAAUACAGUAAUAUCAGUUGUACCACACCAAAGUACACCAAAAAUAAUAUACAGUAUAUAUAGUUAUAAAACCACUUAUAUUAUUCUCUUUGUAUCAAAGUUUAUAAAAUCUGUAUUGAGUUGAUAAAUCAUGUUUGUUUUAACUCGUAACGUACACUCAUUUGGCAGUAUGAUUCUUUAUUGGUGAUAUAAUUAGAAAUAGCUUUUUUUUCAGUCCGUCUGUUGUCUCGCUAAAACUCGCUAAACUAGUAAAGUAACUCGCUAAAACUCGCUAAAAAGUUUGCGUGGUCAAAACAAAUUAUCAUAGUGUCAAACACUUCUUACUGAUCUUCGCACGUUCCCUUAAUAUGAUAUGAUAGUAGUUUUAUAACACAACCAAUAUGGUAUUUUAUAGUGUGACGUUUCAAUGACUACACUGUCACCUUCAUCAUACUUACGACCAAUAUGAAACGUACUAGCGAUUUCUUAUGCAUUAACCGAGAUGGUAAGUGAUUCAUCUAUUCUGAGAAUGUUUCGCUUCUUUUAUUUUAUUUUUAUCAUCUCGUCACACUAUUUUUAAAGUUGGUGUUUUUAGGAUCAUGAUAGAGACGAAACGUCCUCGGAGAA